AUGAAUGUGAGGGAGCAAGAGGAGAUGCAGGCAGAUCAGAAGUGGAAACUCCGUCAAAUCUGGUCCAACCUGGAUGGCAAAGGCAACGGACAGCUCAGUCAGGACGAAUUCAUCAGUGGGGUCGAGGACCUGAUGCAGAGAUGCUUUCAUGGUCAUGUAGCGGAGGCGGGGAAGGUGCAAUUCGUGUUCGAGGAGAUGGACGCGGAUAGAGAUGGUCUGAUCGAUUAUGAACAUUUCAUCAGGGCGGUGGAGAAGGACGAGACUCUUUUGUCUCUCCUCGGGAUUUCUCUCGCCAAUUACGACAACAACCUGUUCGUCAGGAGAGCCUCGGACUCCUCCUCCCGUCCUCUCUCUGUCGAGCUUUCAGGGUCUAUCAAGGAGGAGGAAGAGGAAGAGGAGGCGGAGGAGGCGGAGGAGGACCAGUUCCAUGCUCAGCUCGUGAAGGAAAUUGAGCUCUCUUCGCAGAGGAGGAGAAGGAGGCACACGGGCGAACAGAAAACUACUGAACAUGCUCCUGAUCGGUUCAAGAGACCAGAGGCUUCCGGUGAACCGCGGGAGAGGAAGAGGGAGGAGGAGAAGGUCAGGGUCAGCUCCGCUCCUAACUCCCCCCAUGGCGCCCGGCCGACCAUGGCGCACGUGUACGCUAGCAGCGCAAUGACUCCACUGCGAGACUUGACGUACAAGGGAAGAGGAGGAGACAGAAGGAGAGGGGGCUGGACCCCUCUGCAGCUUCGCGCUGGAGAGAGGAGCGCAAUGAUAUCCUCUCCUGAUUCUGCCUGCGCGUCCUUCAACUUCCAGCUGGACAAGAUCAGGCGAGAACGUAGGAUAGUCAAUGCGGCCUCGAAUAGUCUUGCAAGAGAGCAUGCAGGGGGCGUGCUGGGGUUGAAGAGGUCAGAAUCGCCCAGCACCUACGUCAGGUUCGGCGUACCCGAAGCUCACCUGGCUGAACUUUGCGGCCAACUCCCAGCUCCCAGCCCAGCUCCUCCUCCUGCUUUUCGUUUCCUUCAACCCCCUGCUCCCUCCCCUCUCCGUGUCCCAGCAGCGCUUGGAGCUCCUCCCGCCGCCGAGCCAACUCGACGAGGAGGAGUCGGGAUGCUGCUGGACUGGGACAACAAGGGGACGUUCACCGUGAAGGACCUCGUGAGAGGACACGCAGCAAGCAAGCAGGGGAGCAUCGCAAGAGGAGACGAGCUCGUCGCUGUGGACGGAAAGCCGAUCAUGGGGAUGGACCUGGAGGGAGUGGCUGGCCUGCUUGGAGGAGUCGAAGGCUCAGUCGUGACGCUCUCGAUGAUCUCAGCUGCUGCGAGAGCGAGCGGGUCAAAAGUUCCAGGAUAUUCCGUGCAGGUGAUUCGGCAGGCGAUGCCGGAGGGAGGAGGAGGACAUGACAAACUCGAGCUGCGAGAGCGGGCAAGCGUCAUGUGGACCAUCCUCGAUAUCGAUCGCUGCAACCUCAUCUCGUCUCAAGGCUUCCAGCGGUGA